UUUUAAUUAAGAGGCGUCUUUUCGGCAAAGGCAUGUGUUUUCACUAUCCUAGUCGCUGUCAAAUGAUAUCACGGUGCUGAUGACUGACGCAUCACCCUUGCUUAACAAUACUUACUUAAUUGUUGCCACUUUAUUUGCCAAAAAUUUCAGGUGGAUUGAAAUAAUCAAAGACAAUAAGCACCUACAGGGUGCUCAAUAGAAAAUGAGUGAUUUUUGUUGAAAUGUACAUGUCUUUAACAAACCCUCGGAGCCUCGCUUUUGACACCAAAUUAGCAUUUAUAAAGCUGAUGCGUAUGCUAUAGCCACCGUGGAUGUUGAGACUUUGAGCAAUGGGCUUGGCAUCAAAGAUUGGCUGGCAUUUAUCUUUAUACAUUAAUUACUUUGUGUAGAGAACAACCUUCUCUGAAUAUUAUUGAAUAUAAACAACAUGGCAAGUGAGUCAAAGCAAACCGACAUUCGGAUCGUACUUCUUGGUUUAAAGGGGUCUGGAAAAAGCAGCACUGGAAAUACAAUUCUGGGAUGGAAUAGAUUCAACGAAACAGCGAACUCGGCCUCUGGAGUUGAAAGCGAAGUAAAACAACUCGGUCUGGUUACUGCCACAAUUGUGGAUACACCAGGACUUAGUUCUUCCGAAAUGUAUAUGCAUGAACGUUUAGAUGAGAUCAUGGCAAACCUACGUGAGGAAACAGAGCCAAGUCCCCAUGUUUUCUGCAUUAUCCUUACCACCGAAGCAUUCACAAAUGAAGAUAUUAAAACGACCGAAUUACUGCAGAAAGCUCUUGGUGAAGUAGCAAUGCAACAUGCCAUACUGUUAUUCACACAUGGUGAUGAAUUAAAAGGUGACCGUAACGUAAACAUAAACGAAUUAUUUGACCAAGCGCCCAACGAGUUAAGGCAACUCAGAGAUAUGUGUGGAGGAAGAGUUUUUGUCAUCAAUAACCGAUCGUCAGAUUCUGAUUCCGAAGUAAAGGGCCUCUUUAACAGUAUCUCAAAAUGGAAAUUAGACUCGGUAAAGUUUCAUGGAUUUACCAAAGAUCUAGAUAAAAAGAAAAAAGAGAAAGAGGAUGAAGGAGACGAAGAAGAUGACGAGGACGCGGAGGAUGGUGAAGACGAAGAGAAUGAUGAGGACGAAGAGAAUUGUGAAGACAAAGAGGAUGAUGAGGGAGAAGAGGAUUGUGAAGACAAAGAGGAUAAUGAGGGAGAAGAGGAUUGUGAAGAUAAAGGGGACGAUAAGGAAGACGAUGAUUGUGAAGACAAAGAGGACGAUGAGGAAGAAGAUGAUUGUGAAGACAAAGAGGAUGAUGAGGACGGAGGGGAAUGUGAAGAAGAGGGUGAUGGGGAUGAAGAUAAUAAUGAAGAGAAUGAGGAUGACGAUGAAGCAGAUAGUGAUGAAUAAGUUGAUAAUAAUGCUGGUCAGGACAAAACUGAGGAAAACAAAGAUAAAAACAGCACCGAUCAGGAAAAUAACGAAGAAAGUAGCAAAUAUGGGGAUUCAAACUAAUACCGUAAAACCCAUAGUGUUUUGUCAAAAUCAAAGCAUCAUUUUUAAGUUUAUGACCAAAGUAAUAAUCGAUAACAAAGGGCAAAAUGUAUCACUGGUGUGAAACCGGCGUUUCCAUGGCAACGCCAAUGUUGUCACUAGUAAAUUUAGGAUCUAUUUGGAACAAUAAGUCGGAUAUUGACGAUGUUGCGAUCAAAUGAAAGAGAAUCGUUUCUUAAAUCGAGGCAGCUACAUUACUCUAUGCAGACUGUGCUAUACGAAAACAAGCGGUGCGGAUAUCAUGUGCGCAAGAUGCGGAUAUUAGCGGGUAUUCUUGAAUUUGA